GGUUUUAUAAACAAAUCCUCUCACACAGAAACGCAAAAACACAAUGACUAACGUUGCAGUAAUAGCCGCUAUUCUGAUUGCAGCAUUGUUAUCAGCUAGCGUGACAGAACAAAUGGCUCCAUCUCCUUCCUCAGGACCUUCGGUUGAACCAGACUGCAUGACGAAUCUGUUGAACAUGACGGACUGUCUUUCGUACGUGCAGGUAGGAAACCGUGGUGGUGCGGCCAAUCCAGACAAAUCUUGUUGUCCGGAGCUUGCCGGCCUUGUCGAUAACUCGCCACAAUGCCUCUGCUACCUACUCGGCGGAGAUAUGGAGGUUCAGUAUGGAAUCAAGAUUGAUAAGGCAAAGGCUCUCAAGCUUCGAGUUUGUGGCGUCGUUACUCCAGAUCCCUCACUAUGUUCACUGUUUGGAAUUCCAGUUGGAGCACCGGAAGCUAUGGGCAACGAGGAAUCCUCCCCAGCCUUCGCUCCAACUUCAGGUGCUGAACCACCAGAAGGCUUAGCAUCGGGUCCAUCGGCUAGCAGGAUGAGCGAUGCACGAAACACUGCACCUUAUUCUCUUUUUCUCAGUAUCUUCUGCAUUUCAUCUAUAAUCCUGAUUUCCUUUUCUUUUUAGCGACUCCAUUAUUUGUAUUGUAUUUUCCUAUAAAAGAAGUAUUGUUGCUUUUGGUAGGUUAUUUUCCUGAAUUUAAUACUUUGUAUUUUAUGGAUUAUUUCAUCAUUCAUCUUACUAAAUAAAGAUUGUCAUCUUAAAAUUAA